AUGACCCUCGCCAUCAACUUGACCGAUGAAGAUCUGACGCCUGGAGUGUUCCCGCCAUCAGUCACAUCGCUUGAACUACAUAAUUGCUGCCCCGUCCAUCUGACAUGCAUUCCAAACUCUGUGACCAAGCUCUUCAUUGCACCAGAUUCCAAAGUGAUCAAUCCUGGAAUCAUACCAUCAUCUGUAAAGUCAUUGACUUUACUUGGAUCUAGUGAGUCCAAGAUGAUGAUGAUGACCGGAACGAUCCCACAAUCAGUGAGACGAAUCAAACUGAUCGAUUAUCACCUCGACACCUUAAUCAAGGGCACCCUUCCAGACUCACUGGACAAGCUCAUUAUUGAGCGUCAUGGUGUCCUCCCCGACAACCUCCACGAGCUACUCCCUACCCGCCUCACCAGCUUCAGGAUCAGCCCGGGCCGGGACUCAAUCCUGUUCCCCACAACUACAACAACAACAAUGACAACAACAAUGUUCCCAUGCAAGCUCACCAAACUCGUGAUUGAUCAGUUCGAUGAUGUACUUCAUCCAACCUUCUUUCCCAAGAGUUUGCUUCAUUUGGACAUGGCUCGCUUCAACUUGCCCCUGGAUGAGGAUGUGUUACCGCCAGGCUUGACCACUCUUCGCAUGAACGACUUCAAGCAACCAUUUGAUUGGCAUACUCACACCUCUUUGGUCGACCUCUACCUGCCCCGCUUUGACCAAGAGCUCAAACCAGACACAUUGCCACCCAAUCUAAUCACUCUAAAUGUUCGCUCGGCUCUGUUGAUACAUGACCAUGCCAUCCCAGUUAGUGUGAAGAACCUUGUUUGUUCCUAUCUGGCAGGAUACAGCAUCAAAGUCAUUCCACCCAACGUCACCAAGUUGGAGUUUGAAUGCAUUGACUUGCCCAUUGGAUUCAUUCCAUCAUCUGUGGCAGACCUAAGCAUUAGCAUUACGAAUAAGCCAAACAUCAAUUCGAUACCAACAAACGAGCUAAAGACUCAAUGGUGGAAGGUAUUCACAAUGUUCCAACCUGGUACAUUCAUCAUCAUCAACUGGGGCAAUGGUGAGCAUUCGAACAUUAUAUGUCGAAUACUAGAUACAUCCAUUGCACUCAUCCUAUCAUCAAGUCAUAAUGGAGGACUUCUCAAAUACAGAUAA